GGGGGUGGGUGCACUGCCUUUGGCUUUGCCUCCUGCCCUCCUUGUCAAAUUGACUGCAAAAAAGGACCGACCUCUCCUUUGGCAGCUUCACUUUCGUAAUUGGCGGUUCUGGUCGCCGCCGCCGCCGCUGCUGCUGGGCUCUGCCACAUGCCACUGCCUCAUCCGUGUGCCUCAUUCACAGUUGGUCCGUCAGACCAGGCGAUCCGCAAUCCGCAUCCGCGUUUCCAAAGCACGACCGAAGAGCAGGACCCCAAAAAACAUCGAAUCGCGUCGGCAAUAGGAGAAAAUAUAUUUCAAAAAUUAUAGCAAAAAGUUAGGAAAAUUCUACGGCGAAAAUUCUCGUGUGAAGAAGUGAACUCAUACGUCAAGAAUUUAUAGGAAAAUUCUGUGUGCGAAAAAGUGGCACGGUGCUCUAAGUGCUCUAAUCAAAGAUUAAUAGUACCCACAAAUCAGACAGGAAUUUGUUAAUAAUAAAUAAUCGAAAAUAGUGACUGCAACACUGUGGAACAUAAAUCUAAGCAAGCUGGAUACCCUAGGGUUUAAAUAUUUCCAUCAACGGAAAAUGGGAACAGCGGGUGAUCGCCUAUUGGACAUACCGUGCAAAGUGUGUGGCGAUCGGAGCUCGGGCAAACACUAUGGCAUCUAUAGCUGCGAUGGCUGCUCGGGCUUCUUCAAGCGCAGCAUCCAUCGCAACCGGAUUUACACCUGCAAGGCCACUGGUGACCUCAAGGGACGCUGUCCCGUGGACAAGACGCAUCGGAAUCAGUGUCGCGCCUGCCGUCUGGCCAAAUGCUUUCAAUCAGCCAUGAACAAGGAUGCCGUUCAACACGAGCGUGGUCCUCGGAAACCCAAGCUCCAUCCGCAGUUGCACCACCAUCAUCAUCACGCGGCGGCUGCAGCAGCCGCUGCCCAUCAUGCCGCUGCACAUCAUCACCAUCAUCAUCAUCACCAUGCCCAUGCCCAUGCGGCGGCAGCGCAUCACGCGGCAGCGGCUGCAGCAGCAGCGGCGGGAUUGCACCAUCACCAUCAUGCCACCGCCGGGGGACACCUGCCCGUGUCGCUGGUGACGAAUGUGUCGGCAUCUUUCAACUACACGCAGCACAUAUCCACGCAUCCGCCGGUCCCACCAGUUCCUCCAACGAAUCCUCAGGGAUUCCAUCAGCAGCAACAGCAACAGCAGGCGGUGGGGGCACCCCCACACCAACAGCAGCCACAUCCUACGGCCUUCCACCAUCCGGGACACCACUCUCUGGUGCCACAGAAUGGUGGCGGCUCUGGUACGGGCUUCCCCACGCACCUGCUGCAUCACAAUCUGAUUGCGGAGGCGGCCAGCAAACUGCCGGGGAUUACAGCGGCCACGGCCACCGCAGUGGCAGCCGUCGUCUCCUCCACCACCACGGCUGCCGCCGCCUCCCCCUAUGGUCCCUUGCAAGGGGCCACCGUCAACAACAACUACUCUUCGCCCUCGCCCAGCAACUCGAUUCAAUCGAUCUCCAGCAUUGGCUCGAGGAGCGUGGGCGGCAGCGAAAGUCCACGUGUCAAUGUGGAGACGGAGACACCCUCGCCAUCGGCAUCGCCUCCCUUGAGUGCGGGUAGCAUUUCCCCUGCUCCGACGCUGACGGACUCUCAGGGCUCGCCACAGCACCAUCCCCCACGACAGACAUCGCAGCAUAGUUUGAGCGGCGCCACAACGCCACCGAGUCAUGCGUCUCUGCUGAUGCACAGCAUCCACAAUAAUCACCAUCAUCAUCAGGGGAGCAGCAGCCUGAAUGGCGAGCAAAAACUGUCUAGUUUUACAUCGGGUUCUCCCACACCCACGACGCCCACGCCGCCACCACAUCCUGCGCAUCCGCCAACGAUUGGGCUGCGUCCUUGCCACCCAUCGGCGGCCUCUGCUGCCGCCUCGAACGGCUUCCUGGAACUGCUCCUGAGCCCCGACAAGUGCCAGGAGCUCAUCCAGUAUCAAGUGCAGCAUAAUACGCUGCUGUUUCCACCGCCACUGCCACAGCAACUCCUGGAUUCGCGUCUGCUCUCCUGGGAAAUGCUGCAGGAGACGACGGCCCGCCUGCUGUUCAUGGCCGUUCGAUGGGUCAAGUGCCUGAUGCCCUUCCAGACGCUUUCCAAGAAUGAUCAACAUCUGCUACUGCAGGAAUCCUGGAAAGAGCUGUUCCUCUUGAAUCUCGCUCAAUGGACCAUUCCCUUGGACCUCACACCUAUACUGGAGUCUCCUUUGAUCAAGGAGCGCGUCCUGCAGGACGAAGCCACCCAAACGGAGAUGAAAACCAUUCAGGAGAUCCUCUGCCGCUUUCGCCAGAUCACCCCCGAUGGCAGCGAAGUGGGCUGCAUGAAGGCCAUCGCUCUGUUUGCCCCCGAAACGGCAGGCCUGUGCGACGUGCAGCCCGUGGAAAUGCUGCAGGAUCAGGCCCAGUGCAUCCUCUCGGACCAUGUGAGGCUCCGCUACUCGCGGCAGGCCACACGCUUUGGCCGGCUCCUGCUGCUGCUGCCCUCGCUGAGGACCAUCCGGGCCUCGACCAUCGAGGCACUGUUCUUCAAGGAAACGAUCGGAAAUGUCCCUAUAGCACGACUCCUGCGGGAUAUGUACACCAUGGAGCCCGCCCAAGUGGUCCACGAAAAGUGAGGGGCAUCAAGGCGUUGUGAUGCCGCCCUAUCAAAAAAUGUAAUCAAAAUCGAUUUUCGGGGGCAACAAUUUUUCCCGUCACUUGCAAAAAUAUUUCUACUCUCAAAA